AUGAAUAAUAACUACACGUACUGGUGACGACUAGGUUCUUAUCUUGAACCACAUUCCUUCGACGCAUGCGCAAGAGCGCUGUCAUUGAAAUUCGAACUGCAAUGUGAUGACGACAUGCCAAAGAAGAAACGGAAGCUGUCAGACUCGCCAGACGAUUACAGCAGCCAAGAAACAAACGUUCGUGCCAAACAGAGGCGGAAAGAGAAGCGGAGAAAGAAACUAGAGAGACAUGCACAUGAGCAACAGACAAGAGACAAGCAAGACACUAUAGCUACUGAUACGAUAGAUCAUGUUGUUGACAAGACAGAAGGACGACAUUUCACAGUAUCAGUCGCUGUCCCAGGCAGCAUUCUAGACAACGCACAAUCAGAUGAACUACGAACCUACCUUGCUGGACAGAUUGCUCGUUCGAUAGCAAUUUUCAAUAUCGACGAGAUCAUAAUAUUCGAUGACGGAGCAAGCAUCGAUUCUAGUGUCAAAACGAAACGAGAUUCGAUCGCUCAAAUGGCGAAUAUAUUGCAGUAUUUAGAAACGCCUCAAUACUUGAGAAAGCAGUUCUUUCCUAUGCAUCGUGAUCUUCAGUAUGCCGGAUUGUUGAAUCCUCUGGACACUCCUCAUCACAUGAGAGUCGACGAGGAGUUACCCUUCAGGGAGGGCAUCGUGUUAGACAGACCAGUCAAACAAGGCAAGGGGUCAUUUGCCAAUUGUGGAACAAGGAAGGAUGUCUGCAUCAAUCGCCAUCUUCUACCUGGAACUCGAGUGACAGUCAGAAUGACUAAUGAGAGCAAGAAAAACCUCAAAGGAGAGGUGGUUUCUCCUAGUAUUCCACGAACCGAGUUAGGUCUCUACUGGGGCUACACUUUGCGGAUAGCUAAUGGAAUUGGUGAUGUCUUUGCUGGAGCUCCCUUCAAGGAUGGUUAUGAUCUAACUUUAGGGACUUCAGAGAGGGGCAUCAGCAUUGAUGAUCUCCAGCUGAGACCCUUCACCCAUCUCUUGAUUGUCUUUGGUGGGGUCAAAGGCCUCGAGGCAGCACUAGAAGCAGACGAACGCCUCCACGUUUCUGAAGUAGGUCUCCUGUUUGACUAUUACGUCAAUACCUGUCCCAACCAAGGCAGCAGGACCAUCCGAACAGAGGAAGCAUUGUUGAUUAGUAUGUCUGCCUUUAGGCCACAUAUCGACAAGUGGAGUAAAUGUGUUUCUUAUGCUUGAUCGAUCUCUCAUUCUGACUAGCAUAUUGUCAAAUUGCUCUGUAAGCGGUUGCAUAGACGUUUGCUUUGCUUACCUACUCACUCAUCCUCACUAACUCUGUUUUGUUUGCAACAAAUAAUAGAAGUCAGUACAUCGACAUGUCUAGCUUCGACUCCCUGGUCAUAGCUAGGAUGACUCUUUGCUACAGACA